CUCAGUCGGUGACUGGGGGUUAAUCACCCCUGUGUUUAGAGCCACUCUGACUCACCGGCGGCUAAGCAAGCGCGCAUUUUUUUUUUUGUUUUUUUUUGUUGUUGUUGUUGUUUUACGGAUCCCAGCCUUCUUUAUCACAUCUACAACGGACUAUCAAGCGAGGAUUUUGCAUGAAGGGGAUGAGUGCCGAAUUACAUGGCCAACAGAAUAUGAGCCAGUGCGUGACUGGAGGCUGAGGUGGAGCGUCUCCCUCCCGCUGCGUGGCUGCCUAGGUCCGCCACAAACCCUCCUACGCCAGGAUGCAGCUGGUCAGAGUUGCGUGGGCACUCACCGGAGCGGCGAUCUGCUGCUUUCUCAUUCUCCUCAUUCACUCCCGCCUGCUCAAAGAAGGCCAGCUGGCAGCGGGGACAUGUGAGAUUGUGACACUGGACAGGGACAGCAGCCAACCACGGCGGACCAUCGCCAGGCAGACGGCCCGCUGCGCCUGUAAGAAGGGCCAGAUCGCUGGAACUACAAGAGCCAGGCCUGCUUGUGUGGACGCUGGUAUUGUUCGGAAAAAGCAGUGGUGUGAGAUGGUGCCAUGUUUGGAAGACGAAGGCUGUGACCUGUUAGUCAAUAAAUCUGGCUGGACUUGUACACAGCCUGGAGGCCGGGUCAAAACCACCACGGCUCUAUGACGCGACAAGAGUCCCCCUCGACACUCUUGCACUAUGGAGAGCAUUGAUGACCCCUUGACAGACAGCCAAACACCAUCUACCACCAACACUACCACCACCAACAUCACAACAACUCCAGCAAAACCCUGGUCCCGCAAAGGCAGGAAGCAACACAA